AUGGAGGGGGAGCCCGAGAGGAAAAAUAAGGGUAGACAAAAGAUAGAAAUGAAACUGAUUGAGUGUGACAAUGCCCGUGCUGUAACGUUCUCGAAGAGGAAAAGAACCCUCUUUGAAAAGGCCAAAAGGGUUGCAGCUUCAACUGGUGCCACUAUAGGCAUAUUUCUCAUCUCAUCCAAGGGAUAUAUGCAUGCAUUUGGCACUUGUUGUGUUCACGCAAUAAUAAACGAAUAUCGGGCAAGGCGAUCCAAUGCAGGCAUCGCGAUGGCUCAGAAUGAUGACCACCAAUUGGAUCUUCUGAAUGGAGAUCCAGUUGACAAGUUGAAACAAAUUUUGGAGUGCCAAGAUGUGUCCUUGCUGUUAGGCCCUCAUUUUGAUCCUUCCAACUUGGAGCACGUAAAGGCUGCUUAUGCCUGGUUUGAUGAUUGUUGCACAAAAUUGAAGGCAAAGAAACAACAAUUCCAAGUGUCUGCAAAUGAGCAAAUGGUUUGUAUUCCAUCAUUUGCAAAUGAGUUUGAUCUGAAUGUCACUGCAGGCAGCCCGAAUCAGAUUCUGGUUUCUGCUAAUCUGGUUCGAGGCUUCAACUUGAACGUCGCACCUACUGCAGAUGAUGACGAGGAGAUGAUUUCUGCUGCAUCUCGUGUUCCAAGUUUCAAUUUGAAUGUGACACCGGGUGCUGAUGAUGAGGAGGAAACGAUUCGUACCUCUUCUUAA